AUGGAGACGCAUGUGGAUAUGUCAAAUGUUUUUGAUGUGUGUAAUAGAGUUUGUAACAAGUGGAAUUGCUUGUCUAAUGGGAAUGUUUGCUCAAAGGGUGAAAGGAUAAUUCUUGGGUGGAACACUGAUGUGGUUGAUAUUAUGUUGCUCUCGCAAUCUGAUCAGGUUGUUCACGUUCAAGUUUUGUUCAAAUCUGAUAAUAAAUCCUUGUUUUGUUCAUUUAUAUAUGUAGAUAAUCACUAUAAAAACCGUAGGUUGCUGUGGUCUGAUCUUGAAAAACAUAAACUGUUUGUUCGAGAUAGGCCAUGGGCUUUACUUGGAGACUUUAAUUUAGCAUUGUUUUUGGAAGAUAAGGUGUUUGGCUCGUCUUCUAUUACUAUCAGUAUGCGUGAAUUUAAAGAAUGUCUGGAUUCCAUUGAAGUGUUCGACGAGAAUUGCUUUGGUUGUCGUUAUACAUGGACACAGAAACCUAAAAAAGGUGUGGGGAUAUUGAAGAAAAUUGAUCGGGUGCUUGGUAAUGUGCAAUUUAUUUCUGACUUUCCGGCUGCUCAUGCUAUUUUCCUUCCUUAUCGAGUUUCAGAUCACUCCCCAUAUGUUUUGAAGCUACCAUCGAUUACUCGUACUCAGCCUAAACCAUUCAAGUUUGCAAAUUUUCUUGCGGAUAAAGAAGGGUUCAUUGAACUAGUUGCUGAUGCAUGGAAACAAGAGUUCAUGGGACAUAAUAUGUUUCGUCUAGUAAAAAGGUUGCGGUCUCUAAAAAAACCAUUCCGCAAGUUGCUGUUUGACCAAGGAGAUACUAAUGGGGUCACUUAUGAAGGUGGUGCGGCUGCUAUGGCAUUAGUUACACAUUAUGAGAAGUUUCUUGGUCGAUGUGGUGACACUUCUCCGUUUGUGCAUGCUGGUCUUUUUCAACGCUUUGUUGAUGCCUCUAAAGCUGUUGAUAUGGUUCGGGAAGUAACACGGGAGGAGAUUAAAUCUGCUAUCUUUAAUAUUGGUGAUAACAAAACCCCGGGUCCUGAUGGAUUUUCAUCAGCUUUCUUUAAAAAAACUUGGUCGAUUGUGGGCCAUGUGUGCCUCGCUAUUGAAGAUUUUUUUCAGAAUGGUAGUACUAACCAAUUUGCGUUUGUGCCUAGUAGACGUAUUGCAGAUAAUAUCUUAUUGACACAAGAACUAAUGCAUAAUUAUCAUAGGAAGUCUGGUCCUCCUCGAUGUGCAUUUAAGGUAGAUAUCCAGAAAGCGUAUGAUACUGUGGAUUGGGAGUUCUUGAAACUGGUGCUGCAUGAUUUCAGAUUCCCUGAGCAAGUGGUUAACUGGGUAAUGGCUUGUGUUUCUAGUACCUCGUUUUCUAUUUCUGUUAAUGGCAAUCUGUAUGGUUACUUUAAGGGUAAACGAGGUCUACGUCAGGGGGACCCUAUUUCUCCUUAUUUGUUCACACUUGUUAUGGAAGUUCUUACGCUCAAGCUGCAACAACUUGUUCAAAAUUCUUUGAACUUUCGAUAUCAUAAUAAAUGUGAAAAGCAAAGACUUGUGAACCUUUGUUUUGCUGAUGACCUGUUUCUUUUUUCUCGAGGUGAUGUUGAUUCAGCCCGGGUUAUUUUAGAAGCUUUGUCUGUCUUCAAAGACGUUUCUGGCCUUGUACCGAGUAUUACUAAGAGCACUGUCUUCUUUUGCAACGUGACGACUCAUGUAAGGAAUGCCAUUAUGGGUAUUAUGCCAUUUGAUGAAGGUCAGUUGCCUAUCAAGUAUUUGGGUGUCCCCCUUAUCUCAACUCGUCUUGUCUAUAGAGAUUGUAUGAUCUUGGUUGAAAGACUUGAUAAACGUAUCGAUAAUUGGAAGAAUAAGACUUUGUCGCUUGCGGGUCGGAUCCAACUUAUUCGGUCAGUUUUAUCUUCUAUGUAUAUUUAUUGGGCGUCUGUGUUUAUUCUUCCUGCACGAAUUGUACGUGAACUUGAAAAGAAGUUGCGGGGUUUUUUAUGGAAUCACGGGCGAUUAGCUGAUGGAAGGGCUCAUAUUUCACGGCAGAAAGUAUGCCUUCCUAAGUGUGAGGGUGGGUUGGGAAUUAGGAAGAUUUCUGAUGUUAAUAUCUCUCUAAUGGCCUCUCAUAUUUGGUGCAUUUUAUGUAAGAAAAAUACACUUUGGGUUGAGUGGGUGUAUUCUUAUAAACUAAAGGGUACAAGUUUUUGGGAAGUAAAACCACAAGCUGCUAUGAGUUGGGGUUGGCGGAAAUUGCUUCAACUUAGAAACAUUGUCCGCCCUCAUUUUAUAUCUAAAAUUGGUUCGGGGGAAAUGACUUCGGUUUGGUAUGAUAUGUGGCAUCCUAAAAGUCUAUUGAGCCGUCUUAUCACUCCAAGAGAGAUAGCUCGAAAUGGUUUUUCUUUACAGUCCACGAUUAAAGAUGUUAUUUCGAAUGGUGUUUGGAGAUGGUCGAUUGCUUGGUAUGACUUGUUUCCUGUACUUAUAAAUGUUCAGCCUCCUAAUCUAAUUGGUGAUAAAAAAGAUGAACUGGUUUGGAUGAAUAGAAGUGGGAAAGAAGAAGUGUUCUCGACUAGAGCUGUUUGGGAUACUAUCCGUGUUGCUAAAGCUUGUGUUCCUUGGGUUAAACUUGUGUGGUACUCCCAAUGUAUUCCACGACACUCGUUUCAUGUGUGGCGUAUUCUUAAGAGAAAGUUAAAGACUCAGGACAAAUUGCGGCCAUGGGAAGUGGGUGGUGCCACGAAUUUGAAUCUUAUGUGUUGCUCGUUAUGUAAUCAUGGGCCUGAUUCCCAUGAUCAUCUAUUUUUCAAAUGUUUCUUUUCGUUUCAGGUCUGGUCACAGCUUAAAUCUCUUUCUGGUAUGCAUGGGGUUGGUGCUAAAUGGAGGGAUAUUGUGGAUUGGCUCUUACCUCUCUCUAAAUCGAGUUCUAUCAAGAGUGUUCUUGGAAGAUUAUUACUUGCAGCCACUGCUUACUUCAUAUGGCAGGAAAGGAAUGCUAGGUUAUUCACUGACAUGAAGAGGAGUGUUAACCAGUUGGUUGCUAUUAUUAUGGAUACUGUUCGACUGAAACUUGUUUCGCUCAGAUUCAAAAGUAGUGCUAAGGAUGCGCAUCUGCUCGUUGAUUGGCAAAUUCCAGCUUCAAUUAUUGUUUAG